AUGAGUUUGCUGAUAAAGAAAAGCAAUGACUUGAUGAACAAAAGACGAAACUUGGCAACGAUGGACUCAAACAGAAAGAAAAGGGUGCUGAUGUUAUUCACCGAGUUGAUGUUCGACUCUCCUGCUUAUGUUGAUGGUCAAUUGUGGUCGGCUGAGGAUGUGGCCAAGCUGUUCAGAAAAGAUCUUGUUGAUUCGGCGCACCUCUCAAAUUUGGCAAAAUGGGAAGAGAUCUUCAGAAAGGGAAUCCAUUACGACGCAAAGAGAAUCAAGAUGAUUGCUCAAAGAUUGGCUUCACCUGCACGAGAGAGCAAACGGGAUGGAAUUGAGGUUCCAAUGGGUGAAUCAAUUAUUUGUGAGAAACGACCAGAGGAGCGCAAUGUUGUGAUUGGAGUUGGUGGCAGUGAAAGCAGCUUUAUCUACCAAACUGCUGUUACUGGUGUUGAUUGGCUAAGCCCCAAACUUGUCCCGAUUAUGUUGUUGACGCAAUAUCUCAGCCAAACAGAAGGACCAAUUUGGAGAGCCGUCCAGUAUGUUGGUAGAGGUUCUCUUGUGCCAGUGCAGCUGAUGUUAUUCACCGAGUUGAUGUUCGACUCUCCUGCUUAUGUUGAUGGUCAAUUGUGGUCGGCUGAGGAUGUGGCCAAGCUGUUCAGAAAAGAUCUUGUUGAUUCGGCGCACCUCUCAAAUUUGGCAAAAUGGGAAGAGAUCUUCAGAAAGGGAAUCCAUUACGACGCAAAGAGAAUCAAGAUGAUUGCUCAAAGAUUGGCUUCACCUGCACGAGAGAGCAAACGGGAUGGAAUUGAGGUAGCAUCUUCGCUGAUUGCCUUGCUACGAGAAAGGUUAAUAAUAUAUAUAAUAUUGGAAAAGUUCCACGAACGUGUCGUUGAACUCGGUGAUUCCAAUCCGGAUCUUGUUGUCAGCAAGUUGAACGAGCUUCGAUCAGUUCUUUUGGAUGGCGGUGUUCCAAUGGGUGAAUCAAUUAUUUGUGAGAAACGACCAGAGGAGCGCAAUGUUGUGAUUGGAGUUGGUGGCAGUGAAAGCAGCUUUAUCUACCAAACUGCUGUUACUGGUGUUGAUUGGCUAAGCCCCAAACUUGUCCCGAUUAUGUUGUUGACGCAAUAUCUCAGCCAAACAGAAGGACCAAUUUGGAGAGCCGUGCGUGGAGACGGUCUAGCCUAUGGUGUUAACAUCUACACAAGGCUGAUCACAAGACAAUUACACUUUCACUUUAUCGAUGCGCGGAUCCUGUUAAGGCCUAUGAGCAAACCAAGGAAGUUGUGUUAUUCUCGGACCGUGACAAUUCAUCCAUCGAUGGUAAAGAAUAUUCGAAAGCACUUCGGGGACAUUGUUGAGCGACCAAUCACCUCGUUGAGUGUCAAGCCCGACUUU